AUGUCCGACAAGAUCACCCGUAUAGCUAUUGUAGACUCCAACAGGUGCAAACCGAAACGGUGUGCGCAGGAAUGCAAAAAGUAUUUCCGCGGUUCUGAGCUGCAAAACUACUUCACGAAGGUUCUUGAGGAUAACCUCAAGGCUCUCAUCAAGCCCCAAUAUGUAGAUCACAUCCCUCGCGCCAUCAAGGGCGUCAUGACCGUCUCGCAGAUGCUCGACGGCAAGCUCGAGCUCGACAACAAGCAGAAGAUAUGCGACGACCUGGAGCUCAACCAUGUCCUCACCCGCGAAAUCAACCAGCUGUCCGGUGGAGAGCUUCAGCGGUUCGCGAUCGCGAUGUCGUGCAUCCAACGCGCAGACGUCUACAUGUUCGACGAGCCCUCAAGUUACUUGGAUAUCAGGCAGCGUCUCAAGGCGGCUGAGGUCAUCCGCGAACUGCUCACGUCCAAUAACUACGUCAUAGCCGUCGAGCACGAUUUAUCAGUACUGGACUACCUUUCCGACUUCGUCUGCUGUCUGUACGGCAAGCCGUCAAUGUACGGUGUCGUGACGAUGCCGUACUCGGUCCGUGAAGGUAUCAACAUCUUCCUGGACGGCUUCAUCCCCACGGAGAAUCUGCGUUUCCGCGAGGAAUCUCUCUCCUUCAAGAUGGUCGAGACUGCCGAAGAGCUCAUCGUCGACGUCACCCGCCACUACUCCUACCCUGCCAUGACCAAGACGCUUGGCGGGUUCAAGCUGACCGUCGAGGGCGGCACCUUUACCGACUCCGAGAUCAUUGUCAUGCUCGGGGAGAAUGGUACUGGGAAGACGACCUUCGUCAAGCUCCUCGCUGGGGACGCGCCCGACGACCCUAACACAGAGCGGCCAACACUCGCAGUGUCGCUGAAGCCGCAGGCGAUCUCGCCCACGUUCGCGGGCACGGUCCGGAUGCUGCUGCUGAAGCGUAUCAAGUCGAUGUUCAUGCACCCGCAGUUCAACACGGACGUCAUCAAGCCGAUGAACCUCGAGCCCAUCCUCGACCAGGAAGUCAAGACGCUUUCGGGAGGAGAGCUCCAGCGUGUUGCUAUCGUCCUCGCGCUCGGAAAGCCUGGCGUCUCCGUGUACCUGAUCGACGAGCCGAGCUCGUAA